UGAAAGUAUCUUCGACGACUGAAAGGGACAACGUUGUUGUCGGCUGCUGGACUAAUACCUAAAUUAAUGUUCAAAAUUAGACGAAAAAACGCACAGUUAUGAAUAAAAAAGACACCAUCAGUUCAAUUUAAAAGUAAAAUCAGAAAAAAUACACAGAUUAUACUCAUACAUAUUUAUUGAAGAAGCUCCGCUAUAUUCACUUUCGAGGGAAAGAGUGAUGCUGCAUUGCCCUAGAUACAUUAAUUAUAAUUGCUUAAAAGAAAUGCGAGAAUGGUGACAAAUGUAAAAAUGAACAUCACCAAUUAGAUAUUCUUCGUAUGGAGCCCAAUACGUCGAACGAAUUUACAAACGGAACGCAGUAUGUGAAUGUAACCGAUAUCGAAUUAUCAAUAUACACGCCAUUCGAAUCUAUCGUAAUAACAAUAAUACUGGUAAUUGUGAUACUCGUAACGAUAAUAGGAAAUAUUUUGGUGUGCGUGGCUGUGUGUUUAGUGAGAAAACUAAGAAGACCUUGCAAUUAUUUGUUAGUGAGUUUGGCAGUUAGCGAUUUGUGCGUCGCUAUAUUAGUUAUGCCAAUGGCGAUGUUUUAUGAGAUAAAGGGUAAAUGGAUAUUUGGGGAAAUAGUUUGUAAUUUGUGGGUUAGUUUCGACGUGCUUAGUUGUACAGCGUCUAUUCUGAACUUGUGUAUGAUUAGUGUCGAUCGUUAUUACGCGAUUACGAAACCUCUGGAGUACGGGGUGAAAAGAACGCCUAAAAGAAUGUUAUUCUGUGUCUUUCUAGUUUGGUUCGGUUCCGCCUGUAUCUCGCUACCUCCAUUACUGAUACUAGGCAACGAGCACAGCAUCACCGAGAACGAUAAAACUAACGACGAGGUCUGCAUUGUAUGCCAGUCCUUCGGUUAUCAACUUUACGCGACGCUCUGCAGCUUUUACAUCCCUUUGGCGGUCAUGAUGGUCGUGUAUUAUAAAAUAUUUCGCGCCGCCAGGAGAAUAGUUUUGGACGAGAAGAGGGCACAAAGUCAUUUAGAGGCGCAUUGUUAUUUGGAAAUAAGCGUCAAGAAUGGAGGGGGUCCUCCCGAGAAUAGGAUAUCCAGUCACAGCCCUUCGCCGGGAAAUCUCAACAGGAGCAAUCACAGAUCCAGCUCGGCGAGCUCGACCACUAUGGUAAAUAUUGCACUAUGCUUAUACCUAUUAUAA